GAAAAGGUGGAGAGAAGACGCUUGUGGCGCCAUCACAAUAGGUGCCCUCCUCUCUCAACCUGUCUCAUCACAAGCCCAGACACAGCAACGUUUUAAAGUGCUGAAACUAAAGCACUUAAGUCUAAUUCUGCGGAACAGCAAAUCGUUUUGGAAUAUCACCCAGAUAGAGCAGGACUGAAGUAUUUGACGGAGGCAAAACUCUUCCUAUGGCAAAUGACACAGAGAAUGACCCAUGCCACAGCAAUCUGCACAUUGACAAGGGGAACCCGCGCAUCAGCGCGAUCAUGUUCUCCGCGGGAGUGAUAGGGAACUUGUCCGCUUUGAUCCUUUUGGAGAUCCGCCGCAGGAAGUACCAGAGCCGGCAGCGACUGUCGCUCUUUCACGUUCUGGUCACCACGCUGGUCGUCACGGACUUGAUGGGCACCUGUCUGGUCAGCCCUUUUGUCCUGGCUGCCUAUUCCUUAAACACCACCAUUAUUGCUAUGAUUAACACUGAACCACCUGCAAUGUGUGAGUAUUUUGGAUUCUGUAUGACUUUUUUCAGCUUGGCCACAUUAUUUCUCCUCUUCGCCAUGGCGCUCGAGCGAUGCCUCUCAAUUGGCUACCCCUACUUCUACGGGCGGCACAUCACUAAACGUUGUGGAUAUAUCACCAUUCCUUUCAUCUAUUUAGUUUGCGCGGUGUUUUGCAUCAUGCCCUUUUUGGGUUUCGGGGACUACGUGCAGUAUUGCCCGGGCACGUGGUGCUUCAUUGACAUGAAUCCGUUAAUGCCCGAAGACCGUGUUUACCCAGUCCUGUACGCAACUGUUAUGCUCAUUUUAGUCCUUUCUGUAGCAGCUUGUAACGCCUUUGUCGUUUAUCACCUGGUUUUGAUGUACCGGAGGCGCAAACUAAACGGGGGAUCCGUGACAACUCGGAGUAAGAAGGACCGGAGAGUCCUCUCCAUGUCCGAAGAGGUCGAGCAUCUCAUCGUACUGGUGUUCAUGACGGGGAUAUUCAUGAUUUGCUCCCUUCCUCUGGUGAUCCGUGUGUACAUAAACUCCGUGGGCCAGCGGAAAGAGAGCCACAAGACGGACCUCAUCGCCCUCCUCUUUCUCUCCACCAACUCCAUCGUGGACCCCUGGGUGUUCAUCUUCCUCAGCCCGUCAGUGCUGCGCUUCUUCUGGGGAGCGUUGUGCAAGGUGCCCCUCCUGCGCUCCAGGUAGUCCUUCUUCAAGUCUUCCAUGGGGAAGGACACGCACGCCCAGCUGGAGCUGUGCCAUCCCAGUGCUUCCUCUGAGUUCACCCAUGUCCACGCAGAUGGUUUGACCUGCUGAUGUAUUGGACCUGAUUGGGGCCUUGUAAUAGCCUCCGAAGGGAGUAGCCACUCAGAAUAGAGCUGCUGCCCACAUGUCCCGGCCCGCCUAGUGGUCUGGUUCUAUGGCGGGGGGGAGAGGUGUUGAGCUACUUAGGGGCAACAGCUGGACAAGCGGAGCAGCAACCUACACAUUCCCGCAAACGUAGGCUGCUGCUGCCGCGUUCUUGUUUCAGGACGAGCUCCGAGAGGCUCAAAUCGGAAGCCUCCGGAGGCCAGCAGCAGACGGACAGUUGUCCUCGAACUCCAAGGAGAGUGGGCUUGCAGUACGGGUCACGUUCUUCAAAGCACCACACGUUAUUUGUUCCUACAGCACAGACUCCCAAACCAGAGGCCGCUACAAGGACAGCGACAUAGGAUUCACAACACUGAAGGGACUGAAUCAGAUGAGGACUGUUCCUUCCAUAUGAGGUGAUCAUGUUCCAGAGGCGUGCGUUGUUGGCGCCAUGCCCUUUUUAGCAUGUGCCCCGGGACUCCCAGGGAAGUUUAUUUGUAUUGGGGUGUUCCUUCCGCUAUCAUAUGCCAUCCUCGUGGUGUUGGGGAAUUGCGUAUCAUGAUCAGAACAGUCAGAGACUUCAUCCAUGCGACGCAAGCUGGAUUCAUGCACACACUAUCCCUGCUCCCUGCAGCUAUGAUCUGUUCACCUUUCCUCCCACUGGGUGCUCACCUCAAAGAGCCAAAGGGCAAGGGCUCGAGCAUGACAUUUCAUUUUUGACACACUGAUUUUUUGUCAGACGGUUGAGCGGCGCUACGAACUUCGAACCAGAUGUUGGUUAUUUGAAGUUGGGUAGCAUGCAAAAUGUAUGCGGGGGAUGUUAUGCUGGAAUCGUGAGAAGAUGAAGGAGGUGUCCUCUGUAUUCUUGAGGUUUCUUUGUGAUGAAAUGACAGCCUGACUAUUUAUUAUUAUGUGUGUUCAGAUCUCAUUGAUGUAUUAGUGCACCUGCAGGUGACAAGGAGCUUAUGAUGUUCAGUGUGCAGUUCUAAAUCUGUCGUUCCCGUGUGUACGUGUGUGUGUCAGUGUCAAAGAGAUGGCACCGAAAACAGAUGAUGUUUACAGGGAAUCCCUACUAUGUACCUAUUAUACCUAUUGUUCAUGUAUUCGCGUUAAUCAGUACUGCGGAAGAUCCUGAUUGAGACUGACAGACGUGUAUUAAUGUACAUGUGCCAGCGCGCGUGUGUGCGCCAGUGUGUGUGUGUGUACGUUUGUGCAUUUGUGUGUAUGCAUGUGUUAACACUCCUGUAAAUAUGCGCCUGACUCAUCCAUCCGUCAGCCUUUAUCCGUCAAACCCUUUCUGGAACCCCACCUCCUGUCAUAGGCCCACGUCGGGGAUGGCAUCCAGAUGUGUGUGUUAACAAAGUUAGACUCUUAACCACCCCUUUAAAAAGUUAUUACUCUUCCGUAAUCAAAACAAACUGAGGGAUCUGACUAGCUCCACCAAUAGAACCUACACAAGCAAAUCAGAUGCUCAUGUGGCCUUUGGGAGACCACAUUGAAUUAACAACAUGCAGAGCCUUGAAUUGGAUCACUAGUCACGAAUACUAACGAAAUAAACAGAAUAAUGACAUCAUAAUUAUAUAGCGUUAAUUACAUCGUAGCUGGCUCCCCGGGAACAGGCAUGCGAUUUCGAUUACAAAUGCGAUUAAUUCUGUUUAUUCUCUGGAUUGAUUAAUAAAGCCGAUUACUCAUGGCAUUUGUAAGUCCUGGGUCGUGUUCAUUAGGCACAGAACAAAAGAUACAUGGACCGAAACGGAGGAACUAGCUGAACUUUUCCAAUAAGAAAAGCUCAAUUUCGGUUUUAUCUGCAAAACAUUUACCCAUAGAGCCUUUGAGGUUGGAGAUGCCAUAGCUAAGGUCUGUUAUGGUAAGGCGGCCUAAGGCCCCUUGCCUCGUGGGAGAAUGUUGAUUGGAUUUAUAUAAUCAAGCUCCUGCAAUGAACCUCCUCUUCCAGAGUUCCUUCAGAAAGUACUCACCCCCCUUAACCUUUUCCACAUUUUGUUGUGUUACAAAGUGAGAAUAAUU